AGGUAUAGUAGUAUACUACCACUUGUCCAAAGAGAAGAAACUUUCCUACUAAUAAGAACAACGGUGAAGGAAGCUUGAGCUUGAGCUAGCAAGAGAUUCAGCACAGACAUGGCUAAUGACGAUGAACCCAAAAGUCAUCUCUUCGGCAUCAAAAAUCUCUCUCAUAAGACACUCCUUCAGAGCGAUGCACUCUAUCAGUACAUACUUGAAACCAGUGUUUAUCCAAGAGAGCACGAGUGCUUGAAGGAGCUCCGCGAGAUGACAGAAAAACACCCUCGGAACAUCAUGGCUACACCACCAGACGAAGGCCAACUUCUGAGCAUGCUUAUUAAGCUCAUUAAUGCCAAGAACACCUUGGAAAUUGGUGUAUACACUGGUUAUUCUCUUCUCUCCAGUGCCCUCGCUCUUCCCUCUGAUGGAAAGAUCUUGGCUUUGGACGUGAACCGCGAAUACUAUGAAUUGGGUUUGCCCAUCAUUGAAAAAGCUGGUGUGGCUCACAAGAUCGACUUCAGAGAGGGACCUGCUCUUCCUUUUCUUGACGAGCUGCUUAAAGAUGAGAAUAAGAAGGGAACGUUCGAUUUCGUUUUCGUUGAUGCUGAUAAGAACAAUUACUUGAACUAUCACAAGAGAGUAAUUGAUCUGGUGAAAGUGGGAGGUCUGAUCGGAUACGACAACACCCUAUGGGCUGGAUCUGUGGCCGCGCCUCCUGAUGCACCGUUGAUGGAUUACGUUAAGCCUCUUCGCAUCUAUGUGUUGGAGCUGAACAAGUACCUGGCACAAGAUUCAAGGAUCGAGAUUUGCCAGCUCUCCGUGGGUGAUGGGAUUACCCUGUGCCGCCGCAUCAUCUGAUCAUUUAUUUUUUCUCUGCCCAUUCAUUACUUAAAUAAGUAGCGUGAAGAUUACAGAAUCCGGAUUAGGUUGUUUGGGUGUGUCUAUGCUUGUUUCUUGUCAUCUGCGGAAACGACACAAAUAGAUCGAGCAACAUGGAACAUGAACAUGUAAGUUUGGAACAGUUGUGCAAUAAAGAUUUUAAUAAUGGGCUACAUUUUUAAGUUA